AGAGGGGGAGAGAGAGAGAGAGAGAGAGAGGGGAGCCGCAGAAGGAGAAAGCAGAAGGGAGAGAAGGAAGCAGAGGAGGAGCAGAGGGGUGGAGGAGCAAUGCCUGCCUGCUCCCCAACGGCAGCGCUUGGCUCCCGGGCUGGGCCGAGCCGGACGGCAACGGCAGCGCGGGCCCGCAGGACGAGCAGCUGGAGCCCGCGCACAUCUCCCCGGCCAUCCCGGUCAUCAUCACGGCCGUCUACUCCGUGGUGUUCGUGGUGGGCUUGGUGGGCAACUCGCUGGUCAUGUUCGUGAUCAUCAGAUAUACAAAGAUGAAAACAGCAACCAACAUCUAUAUAUUUAACCUGGCUUUGGCGGAUGCUUUGGUCACUACCACCAUGCCUUUCCAGAGCACCGUCUACCUGAUGAAUUCCUGGCCCUUUGGGGAUGUGCUGUGCAAGAUAGUCAUUUCCAUUGAUUACUACAACAUGUUCACCAGCAUAUUCACCUUGACCAUGAUGAGUGUGGACCGCUACAUUGCUGUGUGCCACCCUGUGAAGGCACUGGACUUCCGGACACCCUUGAAGGCAAAGAUCAUCAAUAUCUGUAUUUGGCUCUUGUCAUCAUCUGUUGGCAUUUCUGCCAUCGUCCUUGGAGGCACCAAAGUCAGGGAAGAUGUGGAUAUCAUUGAGUGCUCCUUGCAGUUCCCGGAUGACGACUACUCCUGGUGGGACCUCUUCAUGAAGAUCUGCGUCUUUGUCUUUGCCUUUGUGAUCCCCGUCCUCAUCAUUAUUGUCUGCUAUACUCUGAUGAUCCUGCGUCUGAAGAGUGUCCGGCUCCUUUCUGGCUCCCGAGAGAAAGAUCGGAACCUGCGCAGGAUCACCAGGCUGGUCCUGGUGGUGGUGGCAGUGUUCAUUAUCUGCUGGACCCCGAUUCACAUUUUCAUCCUUGUGGAGGCGCUGGGGAGCACUUCCCACAGCACCGCCGCUCUCUCUAGCUACUACUUCUGUAUCGCCUUGGGCUACACCAACAGCAGCUUGAACCCCAUCCUCUAUGCCUUCCUUGAUGAAAACUUCAAGCGGUGUUUUCGGGACUUUUGCUUUCCCAUUAAGAUGAGGAUGGAGAGGCAGAGCACUAGCAGAGUCAGAAACACAGUCCAGGAUCCUGCUUACAUGAGGAAUGUGGAUGGGGUGAAUAAGCCAGUAUGACUAGUCGUGGAGAUGUCUUCUUACAGUUCUACAGGGAGAGACGAGUUCCAUGAUCCAGGUUUAACUCAGAUUACUACCGCAGUAUGAAAUAGAAAGACUUUUAUAUGAAAUUUAGAAAUCUGAUUGUCUACAGUCAUCAGAUGCAGGCUGCAUCCAUAAUCCAGGCCAGUGCAAACAUCGAGGCUGGAGGGAUGGAGGACCAAAGGUUCCACCAGCAAAGGGGUUGCAAAGCGGUUGCACACUCUUGAUGAAUGAAGUCCUAGAACUUUUUCUUCUGGUUCCCUAGAUUUACCCUUCAUCUGUUGUGGUCUUUCUAUGCAACUGGCUUCAAAGAUCUAUUUAAGCAAAAC